AUGUUUUUCCGCUCCUCACUCACGAAGCCUGCUUGCAUUCCAGUUCUCCUCCUGGUACCCCAGGUUCUCAAUCUCAGCAUCAAGUCAACCAUCAUCCGCCCUCUGAGCCAGGAUUUUCUCGAGUAUUUGGACGCAGAUGGCGUAUUCAUGCCAGAGGGGGCAGACGACACACCCGUAGAGAGUACUCUCUCGGACGAAGAGGACGGCAGUGGGUAUGAGAGUGAUUCGGAAGACGAGCAACAUCGGAAGUUUGCAUUCCCGGAGCUGGACGAGAAGAUACGGGACGCUGUGUCGCAGUAUGAAGCUGUCUUUCCCAAGCUGAACUUCUCGUCUCCUCGGUUAGGAUGCGGCGUGGAUGCUACCAGCAUCAUCGCCAAUGAAAUGCGUCUCACCCGCGACGUUUACCUGCUGCUGAAGUCAUCGGAUUUCGUGCAGCACGACCUCAAUCCCGAUCACGUAUUCGAUGGGUGCGAGACGAAGCCGCCUACGUAUGACCUCGAGCUUGUGUUGCGGAAGUGGUAUCCUGUCGACCGAAGUAGGGAGCUGCGUUGCUUUGUUCGGCACGAGAAACUGCUAGGCAUAUCGCAGCGGGACCCCAAUUACUAUGACUUCUGGAAUGAGUCCAACACACAGAGCAAGGUCUUGGAAGCAGUGAAGACAUUCUGGGAGAAUAACAUCAAGGAAAGUGGCCGGAGGGUGGAGGCGAUUGUGAGAGCUUCACAUCUCUGCUCCGCAUCCUUGCUCAUAGGGCACAUCAUCGACUUCAACCCCUACGCACCACGAACGGACUCGCUCCUUUUCUCGUAUGAGGACUUGCACGACUUGCUCCUCGCUCGAGGGGACGACUACUCUCCCCAACCGGAACUGCGCGUCGUUGACUCUCCCAGCCACCCAGUUGCAGCUCGAAACGCCCCCACACAUCAGCACAAUAUGAUACCACUGGAAGCGCUUACAAUGAGUAGUGGCAGAAGUAUGCAGGACUUUGCCGGAGCGUUGCAGGAAGAAAUACGCAAGUCGAUGCAAGAUGAUAGCGGCGACGACUGA